AACUCUGGUCUCAUUAAUAAUUCUCGGUUCCCGGUAUUGCUGAUUUUUGUUGGUGCGCGAAUUUUGUAAGCGGCCUUUAAGCAAACAUACUAUUUGAUUUGUACCGAGUAGCCUUGCAACGUGCUGCAAUUGUGCGCGCCAAUCAAGAAUUAAUUGCGUUCCGGAUCCUGGUCGCUUACGGUACGAGAAAUCGGAGUCGAUCGGAUGACGAGUAAAGACGGAGCAAGCACAUUUUGACAGGAGAAACCUAAUUGUGAAAACUAAAAGUGUAUAAAAGACAGAAGUAACAUGUUCACCACGCGCAAGCAGGUGGACGAGCAUGUCCACAAGAUUCUGGGUAAUCUGCCGCCUGGGAACCAGCGCGAUAUGAAGGGUCUGGCAGUGGCACGUCUAUACUAUAAGAUACAAGAGUAUCCCAAGGCUAUUGAAUACCUUAACUCCUAUCUCCGAGCCAAGGAUGAGGCUGUGGCCCAUAAACUGAUUGCCCACAGCUACAAGUUCCUGAAGACCCCAGAUCUGCAAAGGGCCUUGCAGCAUUUCCAACGCUGCAUCCAGCUAAAUCCCCGGCAGCCAGAUUUGAUCAAAGAAGUCUGCCAGAUGCUGGUCGAUGAAAAGAGCAUAUACAACAAGGAGUGUGCCAAAUACUGGCUGGAAAUCGCCACCUCCGAGAACUUGAGCGACAACGAAGCGGUCGUUUCCCUGCGCAUGCGAGUGAAUCUCACAGAGAGCAACGGCAACGGCGGCGUUGAAGAUGGCACCGCGGGCAAGGAGAACGAGGAUGCAUUUGAAAUGCUCAUGCACAAGGAGUUGCAGGCGCGUCCCCAGGACGUGAAUGUCCGUGUGCGGCUUAUGCGCAGCUACGUGGAGAAGAACCAGCUGGACCAGGCCUUUAAGUACGCUUACAAAGUAGAACUGGAGGCCAACGGCUGCACCAGUCAGUCCAGUGAAUGGUACGGAAUCGUAUGGGUGAUGCUCUCAAAGAAGGAGGACAAGAAAAAUGAUAAAGACUGGCGUUUCUGGCAACUGGCCCUCCACACCUGUGAUCGCCUGACGCAACUGAGCCUAGAGUCUGGCGGCACACUUGGAGAGAGCAGCAGUAUGUUGUUUCGUUUUGAUCAGUAUCUGCACAAGUUCGGCACAAUAGUGGAUCGAUCCACUGAUGCUCCCCAGCGAGAGCUGCAUCUGUCCUGCGUGGAGCAUUAUGCUGGACAGCUGCUGCUCCAUACAGUUGCGCUGAUCUUUAAGCGUGAGCUGCUGGCCAACAAGAACAAGUGGGCGAGCGUGCUGCGCAACUUGCUUCCGCUGUUGCUUCUUGGAUAUCAGGUGCAUCCCCUCCAAGAGCAGCACGUCCAUCCCUGGAUGAAGCACUGCGAUGCUGAGCAGAAGCAGUUGCUGCAGCUCUGGCGUCAGGAAGGCUCCUUCCGUUGCGCCCAGCUUGGACGUGUUCUCCUCGGUUGCGUGGAGCGCUCUCAAACGGAUCAGGAAAAUCAGGAGAACAACAACCAAACCACACAGCCCCUGUCUGGAUUGUUUAGUGACUCGGAAGAACUUUUGAGCUGCGCCCGGCAACAAUGCAUGGACAAGAAUUGGCGUAGCAACUUGUUCCCAAUUCUCUUUACCAACGCCGAGCACAAGCUGAAGGAGCAGUCGUCCCAUCUGAUCCGCAAUCCCCGACUGCAGACGCCCAUUUUUGAGUGGCCCGAUCUGGCCGAGAUCGAGACCUACGAGCAGCAAGCGCUUCUCCUCCAGCCCCUAUCAUUGGCACAACAUGUUUACCUCGCGCUGGGCACCGAUAUCGACAGUCUAGGCGAAGCGCCGCGGGUGCUAUUCUACGAGGAGUUCCGGCGCGAUGUGAAGCAGAACCUAAGCUACUGCGGUCACGACUCCAUCUCCCAGUUAGAUGUCGAUAUCUUCCUGUAUGCCACUGUUAUCCAGACGCAGCGUAAAUUGGACCUAGUGCGCAACCUCUACGAAAGCUCUCACAUUGGAAACCGCAAUGCAGCUUCCCGUCCUUAUAUGAUGCCAUAUUCCAAUCUCUUGAGUCAAUUGACGACACCGGAGCAGAGCAGCUGGUGGGAAAUCGUGCUGCGCCUGCACAGGAAUCAGCAGAUGUCCGCAGAUGGCAACAAGGCCGAGCAACGGGCCCAGCUGCAGCUCGGCCUGGAAGCCGUGCGCGGUGUGAAUGGACCAAAGGCAGAUGCCAUCAUCAUCUUUCAGUUAGGCAAGAUCUUGCAAUCGCGCGCCGAUCGUGCCUCCCUGGAGCCGCGAAUCGAUGUUCUUUACCGCCAGGGAUUUAGCAUGCUCCGUCGGCAUCAGCAGCAACAAGAUUUUGAGCCUUACGUGCGCAUCUUUAAGUACGGAUCGCCCAGCGCAACGGUUGCCUGGAACAAGUUACAAUCGCUUGCCGAGGAUGCUGUGUCUUAUUUCAGCGGAAAGAUGUUCAAGGCGGGACACUAUGACCAGUUUGUAGAAGAAGUGCGAGGACUAGACCUGCCCAUGGCCACCUAUCUGCAGGCUGAGGCCUACCGUCUCCUGGAGGAUUCCGGUAAAGUAAAUCGUGCUUCACGGACUCGCUAUUUGGAGCGGAGGCAAGAGUGCCUGCAGCAGACGCAGCAACUGCUCCGAAAUGAUCUUAGGCAUCCGCUGAGCGCUGUUGUCAAUCGGGAAUUGCGGCGCUGCCAGCAACAAAACCGUAGCGCGCUUGUACCGAGUGCUUGCGAGGAUAGCUUCGGUACCCCAGAUCUCCACAACAACUCCUCUACAUACGAAGACGCCGAGGAUGACUUUUAUGCGGCUGCUUCCUUGUCCGCCAACAGAUCGCGUCGUCAUCAGCUGGAGGUCAGUGUAGCUUCUCCCGUGUCUUCUGCCGUGGUUGUAGCUCAGCCCAGUGAGGAGAUAGAGCAAACCCUCAAGCAGAUCAGCAAGUCGAUCUGCCUGGUUACAGAUAAUAUGGCAGCCAUGCGUCAGGACAUAUCUACGCUUACCGAGCGAUUCAAUGGCCUGGAGGAUAUGAUUAAGAAAAUGAAGAUUACCAACAAUCGGGAGACGCCAAUACGGGACGUGGACCCCGCAGCUGCCUUGGGAUUGGAUGAUCUCUUUAUUAUCGAGGAUGCGCUGGUGGAACAUCAACAGCAACAGCAGCACCAGGCUGCAGUUCACCAGGUCGUCCCACCACAGUACGGUGGACCCAAUCCGGCCUUCUACAAUGGUGUCCAGAGUCAUACGCCAUCUGCCCAGGAUCGCUUCCUGCCGGCCCCAUACGGAAGUCCGAUGUUUAACCAAAACCAGAUGUAUAACUAUUAUGCAGCUCAGGCACAGGCCCAGGCACAAUUCUUGCGCACUCCACCAGCUCCGCCCGGAGCGAUUCCACCCUCAAAUUUGUUUGGUCCACGUAAUCCGAACUUUGGACUCCCCAGCAUCUUCCCCCCGCCGACAGCAGGAGCUCCACCCGUAGUAUCACCAUUUAUGGACCCCAGGGGUAACUUUGUCCAGCCGCCAACUGGAAGUCUGAUCCCGCCGCCACCUCAGCAAGCACAGCAGGCUCCAGCUCCUCUUAACCUGGCUGAGGCUAAGCCGCCGGCACUUCCCACUCCCGGGGUGGGCGCCGGUUUCUUCAAUUCGCCAGCACCAACGUUUGGGGUAUCAACAAUUCAGUCUAAACCCUUGACCAUACCUCAAGCAGCAGCAGCAGCAGCUCCAACGCCUACUGCUGCUGUGCCGGCUCCUGCUCCUGGUCCAGCUCCAGUCAAUUUGGUUUCAGCAGUUCCAGCUACUGUUCCUGCGCCUAUUAAAGCACCCCAAGUGGCGCCGCCAGCUUCAGUUCCACCUCCGGCAAGCGUUCCGGCACUGUUUAACCGGGCAUUGAACAAUCAACCUGUGGAAAAGGAGCCGCCAGCUAAUGUAGUCAUCACCAGCUCCGAUCCGCUGCCCAAGCCAACGGGAGCCAGUGGUAUCCAGCCCACUCUAAGUGUGACAAUUCCGGCACAGCAUAUCAAGCCCAGCCUGGUACAACCAACGGCUGAGCCCCAGCAACAGCCGCCGGUACAGUCGCAGCCUCUGCAGCCUACUCUUCCUGCCUCGGGAGUGUUCAACUUUAAUUUGGGCAAUACCGCUUCCGAAAGUCCCUUCUCCUUCAAGACGCAAGUCGCUAGGGCAGCAGCAGAAAAGCAGAAAGAGCAAGAGCUUGAACAGGCGGCAGCUACGGAGCUUAACAAGAGCGGAGCCAGUGAUCUUAACAAGAGUGUUGGAGCAGAGGGCAACUCAUCCCUGACCGAAGACUAUGAUCCGCGGCCCGACUUUAAGGCUAUAAUUCCACUGCCCGACGAAGUGGAGGUACGCACUGGCGAGGAGAACGAAGAGGUCAAGUUUGGCUAUCGGGCCAAGCUCUUUCGGUAUGUGGACAAGGAGUGGAAGGAACGUGGCACUGGGCUGAUCAAGAUCCUGCGCGACAAAACCACUGGCGUUUCACGAGUCCUCAUGCGUCGCGAUCAAACCCAUAAGAUUUGUGCAAAUCACACAAUCACCGCGGACAUGACUCUGUCCACUCCCAGCCAGGACAAGGACAAGAAAUCGUUCUUGUGGGCAGCCAAUGACUUUGCGGAUGAGCAGUUAACGCUAGAGAAAUUCCUGGUGCGAUUCAAGACACCGGAAAUCGCUGAGGAGUUCCGGGUGGCCUUUGUCAAUGCGAACGUUGAGACCAAGGUGAAAUUCGCUGAGGAGCCAGCCAAGGGCAACAAGGAACCAGCUGCAUUCCCUUCAGCUCCAGCUCCAGCCCCGGCUUCAUUCAGUCUGGCCAAAAACUUUGUGACCAGCACACCGGCAGCAGCCAAUCCGGUCUUUAACAAGCCCGCAGAGCAGGCGAAAUCCAAACAGGCAACGGAACCAUCCCUGGCCAAGUCACUGUUUGGGGGUGUCCCGUCGGCUACAGCGGGAGCUGCGCCUCCAGCUACUACACCUGCGGCUCCUUCACCAUUUGCCAACUUCAGCUUUUCAGGAUUGGGCACUGAAAAUAAGGCCUCUCCUUUCGGAAACUUAUCCUUUACCAACGCAUCCACAUUGGGCAGCGGCACUAACAGUACUCUCUUCACCACGGCCCUGAUCAAGGACAACACCCUUCAAAAUCAAACGCCCGAAAAGGCAAACACUUCUGAUGCCGAAGAGGAAUAUGAGCCUACGGCCGAGUUUACACCAGUGAUUGACCUGCCGGAAUUGGUGGAAGUGGUUACAGGAGAGGAGAACGAGGAGGUGCUCUUCGAGCACAGGGCCAAGUUGCUCCGCUUCGUGAAGGGGCCGAAUGAGUGGAAGGAACGCGGCUUGGGCGAUAUGAAGGUGCUGCGGGAUCGCAACAAUCCCGACCAAGUGCGUCUGCUGAUGCGCCGCGACAAGGUGCUCAAGCUGUGCUGCAACCAGCGUUUGACGGCCGAGACAAAGUUCACGUUCGCCUUGAACCAGAAGUCGGCCGUUACCUGGGCUUCGAUGGAUUACGCCGACGAAGAGCUGUCAAACGAUCUGCUGUGUCUGCGUUUUAAAACGCCGGAGAUCUGCCAGAAUUUCCUAGAUGCGGUGCAAAAAGCCCAAGAGGCCAUGGGAAAGGGAACCGACGAAAAAAAAGAAGAGAAGCCACAAAAGCAGGCUGAAAAGGAACCGGAGAAGCCGAUCCAGGGCUUUGGGGAUGCGUUCAAGCCCAAGGCGGGCAGUUGGAGCUGCAAGGCCUGCUAUACUAGCAAUGGGCAGGAGCAGUCGUACUGCUUGGCAUGCCAGGAGCCCAAGGAUGACACAGUGCCUCCGAAGCAACCAGGCUUGGAUAAAAGUAACGCAUUGAAUUUGUCCACAAGCGGUUCCUCUGGGAAAUUCUCAUUCGGAUUUGCACCUGCUACACUUCCCGUCUCUGGUGGAUUUAGCUUUGGGGCACUUACCCAGUCCAAGGAGCCGGUCAAGGAGAAACCAGCUGCUCCUGUGACUGCCACAGCUUCAGCUCCUGCUUCAACCCCUUCGUUGCAACCGGCAGUUGUUGGCUUUGGAAAGACCACCACCACAACCACACCCGGUUUCGGGGAUGCCUUCAAGCCCAAAGCGGGAAGCUGGUCCUGCACCGCUUGCUAUGUGAGCAAUCCCGGAGAAUCGCUGUACUGCAGUGCCUGCGAGACCCCUAAAGAUGACACAGUGCCAAAGAAGGAGAACUCACUUGGUUCAGGGCUCACACUGCCUGCCUCUUCCCAGUUCAACUUUGGAUUCGCAGCUAAACCAGCGGAUCAGUCGACCAAGACCAGUGUAUUUGGUUCCUCCACCUUCAACUUUCAAGCUCCAUCGGUUGUAGCUCCAGCAGCUUCACUUGGGUCCAGUGGCGGAUUCAGUUUCUCGAUGCCGAAACCAUCCCAGCAGCAGCCAAAGAGUCCUGCGGCACCCGAUGGCGAGGACAACGAUGGUUACCAUGAGGAGGAGGAAAACAAUGCAUACUUUGCUCCAGUGAUUCCAUUGCCGGAUAAGAUCGAUGUGAAGACGGGCGAGGAGAACGAGGAGUUGCUGUAUGUGCACCGCGCAAAGCUAUAUCGCCUUACCGGAGGCGAAUGGAAGGAACGUGGCCUGGGCGAUGUCAAGAUCUUGCGCCACAUUCAGACGAAAAAACUGCGUGUGGUCAUGCGCCGGGAGCAAGUGUUCAAGAUCUGUCUCAAUCAUGUGCUUAACGAGGGGGUAGUGUACAAACCAAAGGACGAGAAGUCCUUGCUGUUUGCCGCCCACGAUUUCAGCGAGGGGGAGAGUGUUCUGGAGAGGUUUACACUACGCUUCAAGAACCACGAUGUGGUAGAGGAGUUCAGCAGGGUUGUGAAGGAUGCGCUAAAAGGAACUGCCGUAGCUAUCACAAAUAACGAAAGCAAUUUGUUUCCGACGGCCAUUAACAAAGCGGAUAAACAGAAUCAGGAUCAAGAAUCAACCAGCUGCCCCGGUUGUCGUGGCUGCUCUCCGGAUAAAUUCGUGUUCGCAGACUCAUCUUUGCACGUUAAAAGUCUGACAGACGAUGUGAGUCCGCCCUUGCCCAUGUUCCUACCAGCCCUUCAGCUUCCCAAGUCAACUGCCGCUGCUGCCUCGGCAACCUCAAUAUUCAAGGCCAGUUCACUGGGCGCCACCAACUCGUCAUUCUCAGCUUUCGGUAAUUUAGCAGUAUCCGAGUCAACCAAAACGCCAAACAGUCAAGCUUUUCUAUUUGGCAACGUCGAAAAACCAGCCAGCGGAGCACCCCUCUUUGGUGGCAACCUCCAGCCGAAGGGCAAUGUCCUUGACUCCAUUUUUGGCAGCUCCAAUACCGACCAGAGUUCGGGAUGGGAUCCCGCCAAGUCGAUUUUUGGUGGUGGACAGCAGCAAAAGAAUGAGACCACGCCCCCAACGUCGAUCUUUGGGGGCGCCAAGAUUGAGUCACCACAGCAGCCAGCACCGAUUACAGCACCCGAGGUGCCCAAGUCAAUCUUUGGCGGUGGUGGCUCUGUUUUCGGAAGCAAACCUCUUGCCUCGGGCUUUGUUUUUGGAAGUGGAUCUAAUGCGCCCAUUUUUGGACAAAAAGAAGCCGUAUCAUCUUUUGCAGACCUGAACCAGCAGGUGAAAGAAAAGGAGGAAAAGCCACCCACUGCGAGUACAACCAUCCAGGGCUUCGGUGUUACUGGAGAUGCCAAGGAAGAAAAGAAAGAAACUUUGACCUUUGGUUCGGCGAUCCCUGAUGUGUCGAAAAAUACUGGCAGCACCACGUUUGCCGACUUUGGAAGCAAAUCGGGCGAAAGUUUUGCCGAUUUUGCCAAAAAGGCGGGCAGUGAUUUUGCCGAUCUAUCGGCCAAAAGCCAGGGAACUCCCGUCGGCUUCAACAAGUCUAGCGGUGGUGGCUUCUACAAUCUGACGCAUCAGAACGAAUUCAAGAACUUUCAGUCGACACCACAGAGUGCCAAAAAUGAGGAUCAGGGCGACGGCGAUGAUGGCGACGCAAACAAUGAUGACAACUAUGAUCCGCACUACAACCCAAUUAUAGAGCUGCCGGAUGAGAUUGUGGUCACCACUGGAGAAGAGAACGAGACUAAGUUGUUUGGCGAGAGGGUGAAGCUCUUUCGCUAUGACAGAGCAACAAAGGCGUGGAAGGAGAGAGGCUGCGGCGAACUGAAAGUACUGGAACAUCCGGAGAUGCACAGUUUUCGCUUGGUGCUGCGUCAGGAGCAGGUCCACAAGUUGCUGCUCAACAUGAAGAUCACAGGGGCUAUACAAUUUGCCUACAUGUCCGGUCAGAAAAAAACCCUUCUAUGGGCUGGACACAACUUUGCGGCAGACGCGGAGGGCAAGAUAAGCACUGAUGGAGCAGUUGAGAGUUUGGCAUGUCGCUUCGCAAAGGAGGAGAUUGCGUCAUUGUUCCUUGCCAAGGCCAAUGCAUGCACCGAACGCGCCAGAGAACUGGUGGACUCUCGGGAAGAGCAAGAGAAACAGGAUUAGAACGAGUAGAGAAAAAGAAACCUAAUAUAUAGCAUGUUUUCAAUUGCGUUUUUAAGUCUUGUCAACAGAAAGUAUCGUGGAAACUGUUAAAUAAUGACACAAUUUCCAUGUAACAAUAAAAACUUUAUAAAAACUUAUGAAAUAAUAAA